AUGGCUUCCCGAGUGUGUCAGAACUACCACAAGGACUGUGAGGAUGCUGUUAACAAGCAGAUCAACCUGGAGCUCUGUUCCUCCUAUGUUUACCUCUCCAUGGUCUCUUACUUUGACCGGGAUGAUGUUGCCCUGCGUCACUUUGCUGAGUUCUUCAAGGAGCAGUUCCAUGAGGAGCGGGAACACGCUGAGAAACUGAUGGCUUUCCAGAAUAAACGUGGAGGCCGAAUCCUCCUGCAGGACAUCAAGAAGCCAGAGCAGGAUGAGUGGGGCAAUGGUCUGGAGGCAAUGCAGAGAGCUCUGCAGAUGGAGAAGGAUAUGAUCAAGAAGCUGGGAGAUCACAUCACCAACCUGAAGAGACUGGGAGCCCCUGACAAUGGCAUGGGAGAGUAUCUGUUUGACAGGCUC